CGGGAGCCAGUGGCAGCACUUAGUGAGCCCACCUGGCCGGUCUGUAAGUAAGUCAGGGUGGUCAGGGAGGGAUCCCUUUCUCCUUUUGACAAUUGCUUAAGAGGCUGAGUCUAUUGCUUUGGGCUGUGGUUGGAAAUGGUCACCUGCUUUAGCCCUAUCUCAGUGCUGAGUGAAUCAUUAACUGGCAGAGCUUGCCUGAUGGGACAGAGAGGCAGCUUCUCUCUCAUGGAGUUACUAGAGUUUCUGUGCUUGUGUUCUUUCAAGCUAGAGAGCCACAAGCACUGAUGGUGGAUCAGAAAUUCCAGGCCACCUCCAACGUCCCCUAAGCCAAUUCUCCAUUACUGGCAAUAGUUCUGACAAGUUCUCAGUCCAUCUUAUUAAAAAAUGCAACAACCCUCCCCUAAUUAUGCUCUGGAACCAAAUGAAGAAGCUCGUUUGAAUGUGGAGAAAGAGAAGUUACAUCACAGUGGUAGCUCUUUGGAGGACAGUGAUUCAGAGAGCAUCCUGAGGGCUCCCUCCGAAAAUGAGAUCAUUGCCCCUGGACAAGACAAAGAGUCUUCAAAUACACCAAUUGAAAUAAGAGGUCAUGGGGGUUGUCCUAACAAGCCCCAGAAGAGUCCCUCACCAGAGUAUACCAGUGGCCAAGGUAACCUCUUUCAAUUUGACCGGCAAGCCCCAGGCCGGAUUUCUACUUCUCCCACCUUGAGGCGACUCAGAAGCAGCACCUCCCAGCUCCCCUCUCAUCAGGACUCUUUGGAAACAUUUAACUGGAAAAACUGGAAGGGGACCCCAGGUUCUCUGAGCAAAAGUCUUCCCAGAAGCCCCAAGGCUUGCUCUAAGUCUCUAUCUUCCUUGAACCUCAGUUCCAAAGCAGUUCCUCACUUGCAAACAACAAUAGCAUCAUUUGAUUUUACAAACUCCAAAACCAGUUGGCCAUGUCCAACAAACAGCCUCAUGGAUAAUGAUGCUUGCCCUGGAAUACAGGCCAACAAUAUGGCCCACUCCAACCAUGCUUCUCUCUCUGGGAAAGAGCAUCCAUCUCAGUCCAGAUCUCUGAUCUCUAAUCAAUGGAAUCAGGGAGAAGAAUCUUACCUGUCCAGGUUUUACCAGCACAGGCGAAGUUCAGUGGUUGUGAACUUACCUGGACUUGAGGUGUUCCCUGGAGACCUCCUGGUGCCAGAUGGAGUGGCCAGCUACCUCUACCACCCAUCCCUGCUGCUGAAUUCAGAACCCAAAAAGCUAAGAUGGCCAUUCUCCAAGAAAGGCGGGAGCAAAGACAAACAAAAGCAAGCAUUUGACCUGGAAAAUUGCCUUUCCACCAUUAAGAUCCCCGACUACAGUGGAUAUGAAUUCCACAGUUUGAAGGAUAAGACCUGGGAAGAAGUUCUGCAACGACAUCAAAAGCUUCCUGGUGAAACACCAGACUUGAGAAAGCAGCAAGAAGCUGUGUGGGAACUCUUUACCAGUGAAUGCACCUAUUAUUUGGACCACUUGCUUGUUCUUAAGAUGAUCUUUAUGAAUACACUCAAAUACCUGCAAAGCUACGAAUGCCUCUUGGAUGUGGAUUUAUGGAGACUUUUCGCAAACCUUGAAGAGUUAAGUCAGGUCAGCCUUGGCUUUGUGAGCUGUUUUUUCAGCACCAUCAAGGCCUAUAUAAAUUCAUCUGGCUCUACAUCAUCCAUGGAUUUCAUCUCUGUGCUGUCCAAGCAUUUCCGAGGGAGCCUCUGUCAGAGCCAUCAGGUGUAUUGCCUUAAUUAUACCUCCACCAUCUUCUAUCUCGAGAGCUUAAGACAGAGAGAAGACUUUGGAAUCUAUUUAAAGUGGUGUGAGAGGCACAACCAGUGCAAACGACUCCACCUCCCUGAACUGCUGGUCACUCCUCUGCACCGCCUGACAAGGUACCCUCUGCUACUGAAGAACAUCUGGAAAAGGAGUACGGAUGCCAGGGAGAAAAUUACCAUCUACUCCCUCAAAGAAAAAGUGGAGAAGGCUAUUCGUGACCUUGAAGGAAAAGUGAAAUGGCUUGACAAUUUUCAAAAGUUUCGGCAUCUCCAGGAAAUCAUAGUGUGGCCUCCACUUUGGGAUCGAGAUAAAAGGUUCUUCAUACCAGAGUGCUUGAAACACAUUUUUAAAGAACACAUGGCAGAAAGCAUCUUGUCACCAGCCAACAGACACCUCCUUCAUGAAGGGAAGUUGACUCUUGCAGAAAGUACCAGAUUCCUGGAUGUCUAUUUGUUUUUGUUUGAUGACUUCCUAUUAAUUACGAAAACCAAACACAGCAAAAAGAAACUUGGGGGCUCAGACUUGGGUUUAGUCUGCCCCUCCCUUACCCCUGAGCUACAGGCGAUGAUUAAAGAAGGUGGUUCUUGUACAGUACUUGAUCAACCCAUUCCUUUGGACCGGCUGGUGGUUAAAAGUAUUGACCCAUUCCAUGUAUCAGUCUUUGGGCUAAGAAAUGCUUUCCUUCUACAACACGAAAACCGUUAUCAACAGUGUAUAGCAGCCUUCUUGUUGCAAGCGCAAACAGAAGCUGCAAAAAAAACAUGGAUGGCACAAAUAACAACGGCAGCCUCUUGCUACAUGAAGAGAUACGAGACAAAGAAAUCCUCGUGUACUUUGCCCGCAGAGUCCUCUGAGAUCUAGAGGAUUCGCUGUCACCCUCCGGCUCAUGAUAGAGGCCGGGCCUGUGAUUUUAGUGACAGAAUGAGGAGGAGGCCUCUACCAGCUCGACGCCAUCUUUGUAGUUUAGAGCCUGAGGGCAGCCUGCAGCGGCUGAUCAGCAGCCACCAGGAGGCGGCAGAGGCAGGCCUUGGCAGGUUUUCCUGGCUUCCGGGCCAGCUCUCCAGCCGCUACACCAGGCGUCCUCUUUUUAUAUAUUUAGGGCUAAAUGACAAUUCUAACGGAACUCCCGAGACCUUCCCCCUUCUGAAAUAGGAUGAUCCAGCUCAGGGAGCCCCCAGAGUAGAGACAGGCAGAUGGAAACACUUGGGGGGCUCCAGGCGAGUGCUUGAGACCAAACGUUCUGGUUCUCAGAAUAUCUGGUGACGUUUCCAGGAGCCUUGAACGAUGUUCAGGUAAGAUUAGAAUGAAGUGGAGGGAGAUGUUCUGCCUCUAAUCUAGGAGUUCUUAACUUGAGAACUGGGAUUAAAAUAUACAUACACGUAUAUAGGCAUACACACAUAAAAAUAUUCCAACAUGAUUGUUUCCCUUGUAAACUUAUGUAUUUUAUCCAUUUAAAAACAUUAUUCCAGCAAGGGGUUCGUAGUUUUAACCAAUUGUCAAAGCAAUGCAUAACACACACACAAAAGGGGGAUCCCCACCCGCUAUGAAAGCGGCUCGUAGGGUGGAAAGAGGCCUACACUUGGAGUCAGGAAAGACCUGGGUUCAAAUCUCAUUUUGGACACCAAUUUAUUGGCCUAAGGAAAUCCAUUUAACAUUUCUGAGCCUCCGUUUCCUCAUUUGUUAUUGUUGUCAGUCCUGCUGUUUGAGCAGAAUGUGGGCCUAACAAAGGAAUGCUAGUCAUUGCUUUAGCUCGGCAAACAUCGGUCGUUUUAUUUUAAACCGUGCCUUGGCGAUGAAAAAUGAAACAAGGGGGGAGGGAGGCCUCACAUGUUCUUACCAAGUAGACGGACAUACAACCCUCAUUUUCUCAUUUGGUGUUCAGAAUGUGCGUGCAAUGACGGUCCAGUGGGGAAGAGCCGGGGCUUGCGAGUCAGAGGGUCUGGGCUCUGCCACUGACCUGGGCGCAUGUGAGCAAUUCACAACUUCCCUAAGCCUCAGUUUCUUCUUCUGUAAAAUGAGGAGAUGCUACCUCUGAAGUCCCUUCUAUGACCCCAAUGAGUGAAUUAAAAAAAUAAUUUCUCUUGAAAGAAAAUUAAGUUCUUCAAGCUUAACGUUUUCUCCAUAUCAUCAAACUUUUUUUUUUAUCAUUUUGAAGGGCCUUCCCAGUAAAUUCCUUUUAUUCAACAAUAACCCCAUUUGCUUUUAAUAUAAAAAAAGCUUCUAGUUGUUGAUCAAUUACUAAAUUGACUUGAGCAAAAUCAAGUCGAAAUAAACAUGAUCAAGCCUAGCGUCUAUAGAGUGAGCAGAUAGAGGUCAAGGGACUUGCUCAGGGUCACACAGCCAGUCAAGUAACUGAGGUUAGAUUUGAACUCGAGUGUUCCUGACUCUAGGACCGAGUCUCUGUUCGUUGUGCCAACCAGCUGCCUUUAUCUUUUGGGAAGUGCGAGGAGACACAUUUCAUUGCCCAGAGCGAAGGUUUGAAAUAGGCUGCCCUAAAAUGUAGAUACAAGAAGGCUGGAAAGGGAAAGACGUUCCCCUCCUAGACGACAGGAAAUGUGAUUCUGUGUUUGUAGACGGCAUGGAGGUAGCUGGAAAAUAAGAGAACUAGAAGGCAUGAAGAGCGGGAGGCCUGGACAGAGCUGCUGACGGUGGUCCAGAUGGACCCUAAAUUCCCGGGGGGGGGAGGGGAGGGGGGAAAGAUGUCACACAUGUCAAGUGGUACCUGGGCCCUGCUGGGCACACACGUGACACUGAUGUAGGGGCUGCUGGUGCAUCCUAAGCUAAAUGAUGAAUGCUUAUAAAGUGCUUUCGGGUGUGUAAAACACUCUCUCGUUGGAUCCUCCCAAUACCAUGAGGUAGUAAAGAGAGUGCGCUCUUUCUACAAGUGAGGACACUGAGGCGCGGAGAGAGGACGUCGUUUAAUGGCGUCUGAAAUGGGCCUCGAACCAGGCUCCUGACUCCAGAUCCAGGUCUUCCUUCUAUAGCAGAGGUUCUCAAAGUGAAGUCUGGGGGUUGCUGGGGAGCCCCGAGCCUCUUCCAGGGCUUCAGGAGGGCCCAAACGAUGCUCCCAGCAAGAUGUGCGUGUCAGCGUACCCAUGGGAACGAAGGCUCUCUGGGGUCUCCAAUGGUUGUUAGGCGUGUCAAUGAGCCCCACUUACUCCACCACGGGGUCGGCAGAGAACCCUGGAAAAUAGAGAGCAGGGCUCGCUGGGAUUGCCUCCUCGUGACCGGCGCUGGAGUCUGUAAACAUCUGGGGCGUGCACAGGGGGGUGAGCAGACACGCGCACCUCUCCUCCCAUCCUCCAGCCGUGCCUUAGGACGAGCAGGCGAAGCGAGCUUGUAAACAGGACAUCGCAAAGGCGCCGGGCCUCAGCGUCCCGUCCUGGCAGCGCCGCUGGAGACAUAAAGCUGGAGUCGCAGUGAUCAGAGAAAAGGAAGCUAAGCUUAUUCAGUUGUUUGUUUGUUUUUAUUAAAGAGAAGAACCACCUUCGGGCCUGUAGGGGCGGGAUGUGGAUGGCGAGGCUGCUCUGGGUUCACCGGCAGGCAGAGGACGUAGGAAUAGCUUCUCGGCUAUGGAGUUGGGACUCCCCUCUAAAGAAAGAGUUUAACUCUUCAGUGGAGACUAAGGAAAAGUAGAGAUGUGUCCUUAAUGAUGAAACAUCUAAAAUGAGGGAGAGGGCAAUAUAUACCAGAGCCUUACUAAGGUCUCUUCAAGCCCUAAAAUUCUUUGAAUCAUAUUAACAGAACCUAGGAAGGGUUGCUUUUCCUCAGUUAAUUCCACACAAGGAGGAGAAAACACAUAUUUAGAAAAAAUCUUUAACUUUUCUGAAACAAGUCCAUAAAGAUCUUUGUAAUCCCACAACACGGCAAUUCUAACUCUUUUUUAAAACCUUGUCCUCUGUCUUUGAAUCAAUACUAAGUCUUAAGUUUGAAGGCAGAAGAGCAGGUUAGGGCUAGGGAACUGGGGUAAAGUGACUUGCCCAGGGUCACAUAGCUAGGAAGUACGAGACCAGAUUUGAACCCAGGACCUCCCUUCUCUAGGCUCUCUAUCCCCUGAGCCACCUAGAAGCCCCACUAACUUUUAAGAAAUACUCCACAACAUAUCAGUAGAUUACCCAUUGGUCAAAAACCCAGAAAAUCAUAUGGGACAUAGCCAGAGGACUUCCCUUUUGUGGACUUGGUGUCUCAAAGCGUACUGGACAGUGGUGAGAAGCAACAGGCACUCAAUUUUCAAACAGGGAUGGACAAAAGCUUACAACAUGAUAUGAUUUUCCACUGAUAUCUUGUCAUUGUAACACAAUGAUCAAUGGUGAAAAGGUGGGGAAAAAAAUCCCAAAGCAAAAUGGGACAGAUAAACUGUACAAUGAAGGAAAUUAGUCGUCCCUCUUUAAAAGCUUGCAUUUUUUCCUUAUUAAUUACUUAACUUCUAGAGUUUGAACAAACGAAAAUACUUACCAAGUGUACUAUGUUCCUAUUCAAUCUGCUACAAAUAAAUUCAUUCAGAACAAAUUUCCUGUCUCAAAUGGAAAAGACCGCGUGUUAUCAUACACGACAACUGCUAGAAAGAGGGUUUUUAUUAAUAUUCUUUUAACAGAUUAAAAAACAAAUGCAACAAGCCUCCUUCCAAUGCUCUUUAUACAGAGUUAGGUACCACCUUCUGGCAGCACCAUUAGGUACAAUUAGAAUCAAUUGCCAUCCCAUCCUGAGUUCAGGUAAUACAGUGCACGCUGAACUUAACUCUUCCACGAUAUAAGGCACGAGCACAUGAUCACAAGUAGUAAAUACAACACAAGUGAAGAAUCCAAAAGUCAGAUAAAAAAUUCAUGCAAACCCAUCUACAGAUAAUGAAGAUGAUCCAGUUCCCAGAAGUACGUGUCAUGUACACAUCACUGCAUCGUGUUACCAGCCUACUGUACACAGCAAGAACUUAGUGAUUUCAAAUUCUAUUUUGUACAUGUUUACAUCAAUUCCAUAGGUCUAUGCACAAUAUUCACAUCUGCAAUGAUAAUGAAAAAUUAGAAUCCAGGCAAAUGGCAAUUAAGACAGGAUCAUGUGUGGCACGCUUUCAUCAUAGAAUACCAUUCAUCAAGUUUGUGUCUAGGAAUGCGAAGUUAAUGGCACAUUUGAUUUUGUGGAUGAUAAUAUUUGUGGUUGAAUAACCAAAGUGCAUAUAAAAUUCCCAGUGGUCAUAGAGACCCCAUUUAUCAAAGUGUGUGAUAAUAAUCUGCUCUUUACUUACGGGGGAAAAAAAGAAACAUCUUUAUGACAGGUUUAAAGAAAAGAAUUCCUUUUAUAAAUCUCAGAACUGUACAAUUUAAAAAUAAUCACAAGAAUCACUUCUUUUGUGGCAAUGGGAUACAAAUAAUUUUGGCAAUUAUUAUGUAACACUACCAGGAGGAAGCCCUACUCAAAAUUAGCUCAAUUCCACACUAAGAGGUAGUUGAAACAAAAUGCUAUUCAUAUCCUGUACUGAGGUUUUCUGUUUAUCCCCACCCCCACCCACCCUGGCUUUUUUCAUUACAAAAGAGACAAAUCCUGUACAAGCAGCAUUUUCAAUCUUCUUUCUACAAAAGCUCUAUAGGUGCAGUCUGGUGUACACUAAACCAGCAAGGCUUGCCUUUUUUUUUUUUAAAUAUCAUUUCUGUGUCUGGAUUUGAAUUCACCAGCCUACUUUAUAGUAAUGCCACAUCACAGAUCUGAACCUGCCAGCUGGAAUUUAUAGACACAAGAAUAGCGCCUAGCAGUCACACAUUUGGAGUAUGUAGCCCAGGAGCAUAAUUCAAUCUUUUUUAAGGGAUAAUUUCUUUUUGUUUCCAAAAUAGCUUUAGCUUCACAAAUUAAGAGCAAAGAGCUUUGUGGCAGUGAGAACAUCAGCAUCACUCACUUGUGAGAAAGCAUGAAGGAUCUUGUGACAUGGAUGGAAAUGAGAAAAGCAAUCAGAUUAAACACUUAAGAGCAUUUCUUUAAUAGUCUCCAUCGUAUUUUUCUUGUGGAGAGGGAAGGGGCAUUCAGUGCAUCCCAUAACAAGGGAAGAAGGGAGCCGAGAAUCUAAUCCUGAGGAAUUUUCAUAUUUAUUGUUCUAAAAACUAUGUUAACAGGAAUCCUGUAUGCUUCUGUUUGUCUCUCAGAUACUAUAAACCAAUGUCACUGCAUGUGUAUCGGUUGUAGAUAUCAAGGGUAAAACUAUUUGGGAAAUUUUAAAAAUAAAAAGUCCAUUUUAACUUCA